AUGUCUAUCUCGGCUUCGAUUUCCGACAGUAAGGCUGUCGACCUCGAACAGCAGGCGACAAUAUCUCCCCACGAACAAAUUGGUCUACCCUAUGUACCUCGAAACUUUGCCAACCCGGCGCCCCUAGGGCUGCUAUCCUUUGCUACGAGCAUCUUCAUGAUAUCCCUCCUUGAACUGGAACCUCGUGGCGUGAAGGUUCCAAAUAUUAUUGUUCCAAACAUGGUCUUCUUUGGCGGGGCUGCUCAGGUUAUCGCUGGGAUCAUGGAAUUUAUUGCGGGUAACACUUUGGGUGCUACACUGUUCUCCUCUUAUGCAGCAUUUAACCUCGCCUAUGCUUUGAUCUUCCUUCCUGGUAGUGGAAUACUAGCGGCCUAUACCGAUUCUGAGACCGGCGCGCUUAUGCCUGAGUUCGACCAAGCUAUAGCUAUGUUCAUUUGGGCUUGGUUCAUCAUGAGUGUCAUCUUUACUGUUGCUUCGGUUCGGAGUUCCUGGACACUGUUGGCUGCGCUUGUCUUUGUCGACUUUACACUUAUCCUUCUAGCCGUUGGCCACAUGCUAGGCGAAGAAUCGUGUCUCAAGGCUGGUAGUGCGACUGGACUCGUCACCGCAGCUCUAGCUUACUGGGCAGGCACUGCCGGUCUGUGGGGAGAUGGUACAACGCCUUUCAACCUUCCGGUUGGGUCUUUAAAGAAGGACUGA